AGUUCAGUUCAUAUAUUUUAAAAUUCCUCUACAUACAAUAUCUUAAUAAAAGCACUACUUACAUACAAUGACUACAAAUUACAUAAACAUACUAAGAAUAAUACACAAAAAAUAACAAUUUACAUAAGAUGUUGCAUGCAGGGGGAUUUCUUUAGGAGGAGCUCUCUCAAUAGAUAAACUAAUCGAGGAGAGAGCACCCCCCUUUUUAAGAUGUUUCUGACAGAACAAUAUUUAUCACUUUAGGAUCAACUUUGAUUAUAUUUCAUAAAUAAAAAGGCUCGAAGCUUUUGUUUUGGUUUUGCUUGUGCUUUGGGGCACCAGUGCCCCGUUGCUUUGAGCGCCCUUUUCUGGUCACAGCGCAUGCUCAAUGCUAUUUGGCGCCAUGAAUUGAAUUUUCUGGUUUCAAAAUGGCGGAUGACAGUGUAGCAUCGAAUAAGUCUAUUGGGUCUCCUUUGCCUCCGGUUAACGAGCGGCUUGCACAGCUAAGGCCAUCAAAAGAGCUUCUCGAAUAUUAUAGAAGAAAAAUUGCUGAGUUUGACAAUGAACAUCAAGAAAUGGUUGCAAAACUUGAAAAAUAUCGAUGCACUUACGAGGAGCAGCAUAAAUUACAAUGGGAACAGAGACAACGAGAAGAAGAAAUAGCAGAGCUUCAAAAAGCUUUAAGUGAUAUGCAAGUGUAUUUAUUCCAAGAGAGAGAAAAUGUAUUAAGGCUGUUUGCAGAAAAUGAUAGGUUAAAGAUAAGAGAGCUAGAGGACAGGAAAAAGAUCCAGCAUUUGCUUUCACUAACCAAGCCAACAGACACUGAAGUAACAUAUUUCAUAAAAAGCCACCCUCCUAAAGGCAGAGCCGGAGUAAAGGUGAAUAAACAAGAAGAAGAUGACAGAACCUUUGGCAGAGGCCCUGGAGGACACAAGCCAAAUAAUAUUAAAAGUUCAAAUCAAGUUGGUAAACAAAAUAAUGAUAAAAAGCAAAUAAAAACUGGAGGAGCGAAUGAAAAAUCAAGUGAUACACAGCUUUUAGUGUUGCAAGUUGAGUCAUUGCAAGCGCAAUUAGAAGAUCACGCAAAACUGGCAAAGCAACAGGAGGAGUCUUUAUUAGAAGAUAGAAGAGUGAGGAUUGAGGAACAGGCUGCGCAACGUCAACGAGAUGGUGACAAAAUAAAAGCACUAACUGAGCAUUUGCACAAGACUCAAACGCUGCUAUAUGAAAGCACAAAGGAUUUCCUUGAACUGAAAUAUGAAGGCAGGAGAAAAGAAAGAAGGUGGAUGAUGGAGAGGGACAAAAUCAUGCAGGAACUUGAUUACAUAAAAGAACAGAUGGAAAUGAGCAAAGGAGACGACACCCAGUUGCAUCACUCUAUUCAGUAUGUGGAUGCGGCAACAGCACCUGACCCUUUACCCCCGGAAAUGAGACCAACAAAUAGCAUGAUAAUAACCUCGUUAAAAUCGAGCCUCGUACAGGCACAGCGACUUGCUGAAAUGUAUCGUGAACAAGUCAUAGGCCUCGAGGAUGAAUUGGCGAGAAUACGCGAAGAAAAUGAUGUAGGGAAAGAUAUUUUCCAAGAUCGUACCGAGAAGAUGACACAGCGUCUCCAGUUGAUGAACCAAAGAUACGAAGCGUUGGAGAAACGAAGGGGUUUGGAGGUGGAAGGGUUUAAGAAUGAUAUCAAGAUGUUAAGAUCAAAGUUAAAAGAAGUGGAAAAGCAGUUAUUUAAGGUGACUGUUAACCUUGGCGAUGAUUUCGACUUUGAAAUCUUGCAGCAGACAAAAAGAACUUCAAACAGAUCAAAGAAAAUCGUAGAUGAACUUCGCAGCCUAAAAGGAAAGAUUUAUUCUUUAGAAAAUGACAUGAAAAAUUUGUAAGUCAUUCUAUUCUAUCUAAACCUGGCAUAAUGUGCCUAGACUUCGCCUUGUUAUCACCUUGUGUAACAUUGUUAAUGCCAAUUUCUUCAUCGUAAAUUUUGUGAAUAUCAUGUAAAUACUUCAGAUGUUUUGAUUGCUUGUGAAA